UCCAGCAAAGUCGAAGGGCUGGUUGUUGGCGCGAUGGGUUGUCGGUCUGGAGUUGCAAGUCAACGCUUUGGAGGUCUCGCUUGAUUGAGGUGUCUUAGCGGCAGAAAUUGGUGCGCUAGGUUCAGUAUCACGUGAUUGAGAUCCAUAUUUCCCAGGCUUGGCUUCGUACUGUCAACGACAUCUCUAGACUCUAGAUGUACGAAUUAACUAUGGGCGCAAUAACCUAGCAUGGUUCAUUAUCGGAAGACUCGUAUAGUUUGUGUAUCGGAUACCCAUGGCUACUCUCCAAUAGAAGGGUUCAGUCUGCCGGCUGGUGAUGUCCUGAUCCAUGCAGGAGACCUCUCAAACAGAGGGACCAGGUCUGAACUGGCACGCACGUUGAAGUGGAUUGAAGAAGCGAACUACGAAGUAAGGAUUGUAGUUGCGGGCAAUCAUGAUGUAUCUCUGGACCCAGAGUUCUAUGCAGAACAUGGGUCGCAUUUCCAUGGGGAUGUAGCGGCUCAAGAAGAGAACGCUACAGCUAUAGAUCUUGUGAACAAAGUCAAGGGCACAUCAUCGACGCCGAUAAUUUUUCUCAACCACGAAUCUACCGUGGUCAAACUGACACGACCAGAUGGACCUCAGACAACCUUCAAAGUCUUUGGGUCGCCAUUCUCUCGGUUUUCGGGUCUUUGGGCUUUUGGAUAUUCGUCAUCACAAGAAGAUGGGAAUCGAUUAUGGAGUCAAAUCCCGCUUGAUACCGAUAUCUUGGUGACCCAUACACCUCCACUAGGGCUGUGUGAUAGACAGCCAGGUGAAGAUACAGCAACUGGCCGUCCCAAAGGUGGAGGUGGAAUAUACGGCUGCGAGCAAUUGCUUGAUUCUAUGGGCCAUGUUCGACCGCUUCUAGCUGUCUGCGGUCAUGUCCACGAAGGUCGAGGGUAUCAACGAGUGAUGUGGAAUGAGAAUGUUAAUGGAAUCGCAUCACCUACAACCAUCAAUGUCAACCCUCUACCUCCUGCCAGCAGCAAAAAGCAGAGUCUAAUUGAUCUUACUGGGAAGAAGCAGCGUGCGCUAGAAAACAUAAGCAGUUGUGAGAUACAACAGAAGCGCCAUGAUUAUGCAGACAGACGCCUGAGGAAAGAGACUUGCAUUGUCAAUGCUGCUAUUAUGGCUAAGAGCUGGCCCUAUACUGGUGGAAAGGCGUUCAAUCGACCUGUUGUGGUUGAUAUCAACCUACCCGUCUGGGAUGCUGCUUCCGUAUGAGCAUGUCAUCUUUGGACUUGUUUCUUCAAUGCACGUUCGAGGCCCGCCCCCACAAGUCUCCUACCGUCGAAUAAUCAUCUUAGCUGUGCCUACACCAUGAGCAAGCGCCAGCAGUCAUAUGAACAUGAGAAGCUACACAUGCUCAUUACUUCUUAAUGGGGAUGGAGGGCACCUAUUCAUAGGAAAAUAUUCGACUCUCAAAUUUCAUCCCAUCUUAAUUAACUAGUGUAAUUACUACCGUCUAUUAUACUCGACGAGAUCAUGAAAUCGGUCAAUCUUCUGACCUUUAGUGUGAAGGACGAAGUAUUUUCUGAUUGGCACACUUAACCGCCUUGAUUUGUGACUCGACGUGCAGCUUUGGAGUGCAUGACCGGACUGCAUGACCGCCUCAUCGAGCGAUACUACUAAAAGUAUUUGUUGAUUA